AUGAAAGUCCACGUUGCGUUACACCCUGCAAUUACAUCCUCAGGAUCGCACUGGAAAAGAAGCGCAAGUGUCCCCGUAAACGAAACUAUUCGCAUAGAUAUAGCCCUUUCCCUCGACGAAGAUAGCUCGGAGAAAGCGGCCCAAGCCAUUGAAAACAUAUCCGGCCCCAAUUCCGCAAGCUUCGGCCAACAAUGGAGCUCCAAACAAGUCUCCGAGCUCUUUGCACUGCCCAAAGAAGGAAUUCGCGAGCUCGCAAAACGGCUCACUAGCUCUGGCGUGCCGCGGUCUAAGCUGCGUCUUUCGCCAGACCGCGCCUACCUCUCUUUUGAUGUUACUGUCAGCAACGCCGAAUCUCUGCCGGGAGCCAAGUUCCGUCGGUAUUCGUCUGGAAGUGCCAAUCAGACGGCUUCUAAAGUAUACUCAUUACCGCACGGCCUCGCAAAAUAUGUUGAUUUUGUGCUGCCUGCGCCUGGUCGUGAGCCGGGGAAUUCUGCUCCUACUUCCUCCAGCGUGCGGUUCAAAGAUGGGCUUAACACCAGGGCAACAACCCGUAAAGUCGACUGCUUCAAGUACAUGACUCCACAAUGCCUCCGAGCACUAUACAACAUAGACGAAGACGAUGCUCAACCAGCCCAUCCCAACAUCUCCUUAGGCGUCUUCACGCCUGCGUGGUCGACAUGGCUAGCGGAUGACAGGGACCGGUUCUUCGCAGAUUUUGCCCCCGACCUUGUUGGCCACCGGCCUAAAAUCAUUCCCAUCAAUGGAGGCUACCGGCAGGAAGAGUAA